UCCUCUCCUCUCGCUGCUACGAGUUCCAUCGCCAGCCAACAUACGGUACAGUUUGGUCGCGACGACCCCUGGUCGUGAUCCCCUUCUAAUCUUUCCGAUAAGAAAUCCAUGGUCGUUCCAUGAUUAGGUCAAAAUCUUUGCUCGAUUGCUGAUUCUUUUCGGAAUCAAAUAUCGGAUUUUUGUUUGCGGUCUUUAGUGCUAUGCGAUCGUCAAGGUAGAGGAGCUUUUGUUGCUUCCCUUGCUGAAAGAGCCGUCUUGACAGCAGAUUCUAAUGGCUCAACCUCGCACUAACGCUGUUGGAGUAGACAACACAUUUCGUAGGAAAUGAGAACGCGAGAACGAGAAAGGCAAGAGGAUGAGGAGUCCAAAUUCAAAUUCAAAGAAAAAGCUCCUCUUGUUCAAAGGAAACCCUUGAAGCACAGGAACUAUGAAGUUGACCUCGAAUCCCACUUGGGGAAAACUCAGGUUGUUACCCCCAUUGCAUCACUAAGCCAACAGGUUCAAGAACGAUUUGAAAUGCUUAAGAAGCAAAAAGCUCCGGAGAGCUUUUCUGAGCAAGAUUUGGAUGAGAGGCUAAGAAAACAGCAGGAAGAGGAGGAGUGUCUGGGUCGUGAAAGAAAGAAGGAGAAGAAGAAAGAGAAGGCUGCACAAGAAGAAACGGAGGAUGUCGACCCCGAUGUGGCGGCUAUGAUGGGAUUUGGAGGUUUCCGGUCAUCGAAGAAGUGAUAUAUGAGCAAUAGCUGCAUGGGUCUUCCAAUUUGAUGCUCUUCAAUGGCUUUAGCCCGCAUAGCCGAGACUUUCCGGUGUUAGCGUAGAUUAUUAGAGCAAUUCAGGAGAUAGGCAGGCACAAUGUUGCUGUGGGAACCUGGGUGGUGAUGAUGCUUGAGUUUAUUGAAAAGCUUAAUGGUGAAGAACAGAAUGCUCAUCUUGUUGGGUUGAACUACCCAAAGCUAAAAGUAGUUUCUGUAAGUAAUUCUCAUACAUCACUCAAUCUGAGGACUAAACAUGGAGAAAGAAACAAAAUGUGUCUUGACUACUGUUCCUGUGGAUCAUAGAUUUGAUAUGACAUCCAAUCGCAUAAUCUUGAUUUAAAUUUACAUUCA